AUGUCAUAUAAUGCUAAAACAUCUGCUACGGCAGCACCCCCACGAACUUCACAAUACGUGGGACCAUACAUUUUACAAAAAACACUAGGCAAAGGUCAAACAGGUCUUGUCAAAUUGGGUGUUCAUUAUGUCACAGGAGAAAAGGUUGCUAUUAAGAUAGUUAAUCGUGAAGCAUUGUCAGAAUCAGUUUUAUUAAAAGUUGAAAGAGAAAUUGCAAUUAUGAAAUUAAUUGAACAUCCACAUGUAUUACGUUUAUAUGAUGUCUAUGAAAGUCGAAAAUAUCUGUAUCUUAUUCUUGAACAUGUUGCUGGUGGUGAACUAUUUGAUUAUCUUGUUAAGAAAAGUCGUUUGACACCGAAAGAAGCAAGAAAAUUUUUUCGACAAAUUAUGUCAGCCCUUGAUUUUUGUCACAGUCAUAUGGUUUGCCAUCGUGAUCUGAAGCCCGAAAAUUUACUACUUGACGAUAAAAUGAAUAUUCGUGUUGCUGAUUUUGGUAUGGCAUCAUUACAAGUCGAGGGUGCUUUUCUUGAAACAAGUUGUGGUUCACCACAUUAUGCCUGUCCGGAAGUUAUCAAGGGUGAAAAAUAUGAUGGACGAAAAGCUGAUGUUUGGUCAUGUGGAGUUAUUCUCUAUGCAUUACUUGUGGGCGCAUUACCUUUUGAUGAUGAUAAUCUACGUCAAUUGCUUGAAAAAGUCAAAAAAGGUAUUUUUCAUAUUCCACAUUUUGUACCGGCUGAUUGUCAACAAUUAUUACGUGGAAUGAUUGAAACUGAUCCACACAAACGAUUAACGUUAGAAGAGGUCAGCCGACAUUCAUGGGUGACGCAGUACGUAAAAGGCGAACAUACGCCAUUAUUAUCGUCUAGAAAUCGUAUAUUGAUGUCGUCUGUGCCUUCGAGUGUUGUUUUAAAACGAAAAAAUGUUAAUACAAAUGAUCAUCGUUCAUGUUCAUCAUCUGUAGGGUUGAAAACAGACCUUGAACUUGAAUUACCGAUGGUACAAGUUAUACAAACAACAAUCAUUCCGAACGAAGAGGAUGUUGAUGCUGAUGUAUUUGCAGCAAUGGCAUCACUUGGUUGCUUUAAAGAUCGACAACGUUUAAUUGAAGCAUUAUUAAAUGCAAAACAUAAUACAGAAAAAGUCAUAUAUUUUCUUUUACUGGAUCGCAAAUUACGACAACCCACUCAAGAUGAUCCAGAAGAAACAAAACAACGAAGUCGUUCUGGUUCACCGGAUGCUCCACAAAAACGUGUUGAUCGUCAACGUUCAAGUGGUUCAGCUGUUGUACAAACUCCUAAUUCAAAUGCAUAUCGAUCCGGUAUAGUUGCCCAAUUAACUGACGGUUCACCGUUAGUAUCACGACGGCAACUCUAUUCAAAUAUCAAUAAUAAAACUAUUUCGGCUAAUAAUACACCAUCGAUAAGUCCAUCAUCAUCACCACCGAUCACUAAAAGAGAUGUAUUUGCUAAAAUAACUGCAUUUACAAGUGUUAAAAGUCCGCUCGAAAGUCCAAUAACAUCUGUUCAAACUCCACCAUUGAUAAAUCGCCAUCAUCGUAAUGCAUCGACUAUUUCACAAAAUGAUACGGUUCUAACAACACAACCAUCAACACAAUCAAUAGCAUGUAAUAGUAUGAGUGAUCAAUCGUAUAAAGAUUCCAAUGUAAUUAAUAAUGGUGCAAUAACCUACAAUUCACCUCGACGAAAUCAACCACCAACAACCUCAGCAUCGACAUCAACAACACAAGAAUCUAUAAGUAUUGAACCAUCGCCAUCGAUUCUAUCAACUACCAGCGUUAAUGCAAAUAUUCCCGCAUCGUCAAGUAAUAAUCAAUGGAGACAUAAAUUAACUAAUUUAAAACAAAGUUUUCAAAACGUUGGUACACCAAGAUUUCAUCGACGUCCGAAAAUUUUAUUGGCUGAAAGUGAUAGUUCAACAUCAUCGAACUCACCAUCACAAUAUGGUACCACACCAGAAGCAACUAAGAAAUCAUUAUUUCAUCAUAUUAUUGAUGCUAUGCAAGAAGAUCAUCAUAUGAUUGUUGUUAAAGAUCGACCAUUAUCAGCGAUUAAAACAGAUCUUAUUCACGCAUUUUUAUCUACACCCGAUCUCGUACAUAAUGUUUUGUCGAGUACACAAUAUCGAUGUGAAUAUCGUCGAGCUGAUCGUUCAUCAAUGUUUCAACGAAAUAUACGUUUUCAUGUUGAAAUUUGUACAGUUAAAUCUAUUGAUUCAUCAUCGCCUGAUACUUACUAUGUUACAUUUACUCUUAUAACUGGGCAAUCACGACGUUUUAAGAAAUUGUGCGAAGAAAUACAAACACUUUUUCUUGCAAGUAAAGAUCGUUUAACUAAGCAACGUCGACAAGUUAAUGAAAAUCGUCCUGUUAAUACCAACAACGUUUUAACAACAAAUCGCACGAAUGCAUCAUUCAUUUCAUCAUUAUUUACUAAUACAAAUUCUGCAUAUAUUAAACAAAACGUUUGUCAACAAUCCUCAUCUUCGUCUACAUCAUCGCCUUCAUCAACAUCGAAUAUAUCUUUUAAUAAUACUCCAUUGCCUAUUUCUGAUGAUUCUUCAGCUAUUGAAUCAAUACGUUUAAAGCUUGCUCAUCGUCUUGCAAUCUAG